UUGAGGAACAAUUGGACCAAGCCAAAAAACAUGUUGAACAAUUUAGAUCCAUGUCAGAAGCCAAUGAAUCAGCCCUUGGUGACUUGAACAAGGCAAGUGAUGAAUUUAAACGAUCUACUGAGGGUAAACUCAAGACAGCAGAGCAAGAAAUUGCCCAGUACAAAUCUCAGAUGGCCACUCUUCAAGCCUCAAACCAAGAUCUCAGUGCAGCAAGAGCCAAAUUAACCAGAGAAGCAGAGUCACAAACCAAGAGUUUACGAGACGUGUUGAGUAAGGUUAGGGGGGAGCUGGAUGAAGCUUUAAAGAAGGCGCAGACAUCUACUGCUGCUGAGAUGACGGCCAAAGAGGAACUGAAGGAACAGGCUAUGUUGGCUGCAGAGGCUCAAGAUAAGUAUGAGAGAGAACUUGUCCUCCAUGCUAAUGAUGUUCAAGCUUUGUCCACAGCUAAAGAACAGCUUCAAGAACAGAGUAGUAAAUUUAAAGAAGUAGAGGACCGUGCCCUUGCAGCAGAGCAGAAAUUAGAGGAAUAUGCCAAGUCUUGGGAGGAUCAGAAAAAGGCAAAAGCUUCAGAAGCCAAAAAACUAGAGGCUCGCUGUGCUGACCUUGUGAAUCAGAACUCUAUGCUUCAUGGCCAGCUAGAAAAACUCAGUUCCCAACUUGCUGGUAGUAAACAGAUGGCGUUGAACAUCCCUGUGACACCCCAAGAGGGUGUGGCAGCAGACGGAGGGGAAGAGACUAACAAAAGUAUUGAAGAACUCUGGGAAAUCAUCAGAUUUGUUCGUCGGGAAAAGGAGAUCUCUGAGACCAAGUGUGAACUAUCUCAGUCUGAAAGUAUUCGCUACCAGCAACGCUGUGAAUACUUAGAGGCACAAGUGGCAGAUCUGCAGAAGAACAUGACUGAGGAAAGAACACAGUCAGAGAUCAACACUCAGACUGCAGCUCAGCAUGCAGAGAUCAUGGAGAAAGUGGAGCGACUGAAUGAAGUUAUUGAGAGCAAUAAAGUACUGACAAAUGAAAAAGAGACAGCUGAAAAGACAGUAAAAGAGCUUGCAGAAAAGAUCAAAGGACUGGAGGGGGAGAUGAAACCUCUGAAGGAUGGUGUGCAGUCACUUACAUCACAGAAAGAUGCUUUGUUGGCCGAGAAAACAGCUCUUAAAAAUGAGAUUGUGCGCUGGACAGCAAAGAUCAAACAGUUGACAGAACAGUACAAGGAUGUUGAUGUUGAUGAGUAUAAGAGAAUUAAAGAGGAAAAGAAACAGUUUCAGCAGCAGAUAUCCAGCCUGAAAGCUGAUAAUCAAAGAAUAAAAACUCAGACAGAAUCCUUGAAAUCUGACUUGUCAAAAACACAAGGAGAGUUAGCAGGAUUAAGGGCAAUGUCACAAAAAUCAACUGAUCAGCUGGGAAGUUUGAAAGAAGAACAUCAGAAAGAACUAUCUAAAAUGCAGCAGGAAGUAGAAUCCCUAAAGGCAUCUGUAGAAGCCAAGACAAAAGAAGUCAAUGAAAAGAAUGCAACCCUGCUGCAGGUGAAACGAAUAGCUCGUCGUUACAAGACCCAAGUUGAUGAGCAAACAAAGGAGAUGGAAGAGCUCAAGAAAAAGACCAAUGAGGCUGGGCAGUCCACAGCUAACGGAACAGCAGAAGCUGCAUCUUCUGGGGUGACAGCUGCAGAAAAUGUUGAUGUUGCUGCACAGGAGAACAAGAUCAAAGAGCUAACAGAACAGGUAAAGAACUUUGAUGAGGAAGUAAAAAAACUUAAAAAGAUAGCUCGUCAUUACAAGACUCAACAUGAGGAACAAACUAAAGAAAUGGAGGAACUGAAAAAGAAAUUGGAAGACUCUGGGCAGGCCACAGCAGAAGGAGUAUCACCAGGUGAUGCAUCUAGUGGUACUGCUGAUCUGGCAUCAGAAGAGAACAAGGUGAAAGAGUUAACAGAACAGUUGAAGACUGCAAUGGAUGAGGUCAAAAAGCUGAAAGAGUUGGAUGAGCAGAAUAAGACAUCCCUGAAGGAGAAAGAGGAUAAGAACAGGAAAGUGCUAAUACAAGCCAGAGAAAGGCUGCAGCAGCUUUCAGCUACUAAGGACAGACUGAGUGCAGAAAAUGAAGAAUUUAAGAAGAAACACAAGUCACUGAGUGAUGAGAAGGAGGCAGUAACCCAGCAAUUGACUGAAUUUGAGAUGAGAAUGAAAGUCUUGAACUCACAAUGUGAAGGGAAAGUAACAAGGUUGGAGAAAGAGCUACAAGAUUAUAAAACAGCUAAUGACACAAAGGAGAAGGCAGUUGAAGAAAUGAAGAAACAAAUAGAGGAGUACAGGCAGAAAGAAAAAGUUGAUGUGGAAAAACUUCAACAGAAGCUGCAACAAUAUCAAGCACUGAUACAGAAACAGCAGAUGAAAAUAAAGUCUUUUGCAGUCAAUACAUCAAGUUCCAUUUCAAGACCAUCCUCAGGAGAAGUUACUGGAGCAGAGACUACAACAACUCAAGCAGAAACACCGUCAAGUAUCACUGUUACAUCAGCACCACCAAUAUCUCUAGUGCCACCAACAGCAACAAUAAAACCAACCACCACCCCCACAACAAUUAAACGCUCUGGACCUAAAGCUAGUGUGCGGCCUAUAGCAGUUGCACCAACACAAAGCACACCCACCCCCACUGCAACUGUCUUACCAACAGUCACUUCCACCCCCUCAGAGGCUGUAAGUGUUGCUGGAACCAUAAGGGUGACAGGAACGGCAAUUUCUACAGCAAGCAGUGUGUCAACCUCUGUACCAACCACAGUGUCCGUUCGUCCAAUCACCAGUACUGUAGAAGUGCAGCAGCAACAGCCUUCUCAAGGAGAGUCUGAGGUGUCAUCCACUGAGGUGACAGCCAGUGAACAGCUGCAGCCUACUCCAUCUACAGCUGUGGUAUCAGGAAAGAGACAGAGAGAUGAAUCUCAAGUUACUGACAGAAGUGCAACUGAAGUCGUGGAAGGUACAAGUACAGAAGAUGAACCUCUGCCGAAGAAAAUCAGGACUGUAGAGCUUCAAGUGGAAGAUGAAGUUGGAACAUCACAAGAAGCAUUUGAAGACACAGCUGCAGAUGGCACAGGUGAUGAUCAACUUGAAGAAGAGGAAGAAGGAAAGGAAGAGUUUGAUUUCGAUGGUUAUGAUGGGGAAGAGGGUGAGGAGGAAGAAGACCAGGAGACACAAGAUUCUGGAAGACAAGAGGUGAUUCAAGCUACAACCAUAGAACCAGAGGUAGUUUUGAUUGAAAGUGAUGAAGAUGAAGAUGUUGAGGAAGAGAACCUUGAUGAAGGAGAAGAGGAGGAGGAUGAUGAAGAUUAUGUUGAGCAGGACGAGGAUUAUGCUGAGGGAGAGGUGGGUGAGAUGGAGGAAGAUGAUGAAGGUGAAGAUGAAGAAGCAGAGUACAUGGAAGGAGAGGUUGUUGAUGAAGAUGAUGAAGAUAUGGACGAAAAUGGAGAGGAUGAUCCAAAGCAAGAGGUGGUGGAAGUGAUCGAUGAUGAUGAAGAUGACAUGGAUGAAAAUGUUCGGGAAGCAGCAGCAAUUGAAGAAAGGCAGAUGGGAGAAGAGGAUGCUGGAGAGAUAGUAGGAGAAGAAGAUGUUGCUGAAGAAAUACAGGAUCAGAAUGAGAUUGAACAAGCUGAGACUUCUGACGCAAAUGUAGAAAGAGAGAUUUCCACAACAGAGCAGCUUACAACAGGAGCUGCUGUUGAUAGUCAGUUAUUGGAAAGCGCACAGAGAUCUGUUACACCAACAACAUCAGUCACAAUUACACAACGUCUCCUGUCUGCUAGGUCCCAUUUGCCACCGUUUUCAUUUCCUCAGGGCCAACCAGCUCCAGGUCCAUUUAACGAAGAAGAAGACUGUAUGGUGCCCAGCACCCCUACACUGUAUGUACCAAAGAGAACUGAUGGUUUUGCUGAGGCUAUAAGCUCUCCACAAAUAAAUCGUUCAUCAUUCUCAUUUGCUGCACCUGGAGAGAGCUCUAUGUCAUCUGUAGGUGUUUUGGAACUUGGCAUGUCAGAAGAAGGGCUCCGUGUAGAUGACACACAAGUGGACCUUAUGGGGGGCUCAGAUGAAGCUUCUCAUGAGAGACCUUCCUUUGUAGUGCCUACAGGCUUACCAGAAGCAGUGGAAGCAAGUACAGCCAGCCAGUCCAACCAACGAAUCCCAAGCACUAGCUCAGACACAAGGCAGCUCUCAUUAGAAAGUUUGGAGAGUGAGACAGAAGCUGGCAGUAUUGCCACUGUCCCUGCCAUCAUGGUCACACCUGUUACGGAGGCAUCGGAGGAAUCAUCUGAGCAGAAUGUUCCUGUUUCUCAAGCUCAUCCUGAGGUUCUUGACACAGAAGUGGUGGAGCUGUUGGAAGAUGUGGAGGCACUGAAAGAAGGAGAGGAAGCUGAAGAACAAGAAGCAGUAGAAAAAGGAAGUGAGUUAGAAAUGAAAGAAUCACAAGAAUUUGCAUCAGAAGACAUUUCCCAGCCAAGUAUUUCAGGAGAACCUUCUAGGACUAGUUCUCAGUCUGCCUCAACAACAGGGGGAUCUGCAGCUAAAGCUAGACAAGAUCUAAGUAGGGGCAGAGGUUCAGUUGUGCAGUUAAGGAGGCCAGCCACAACAUCUACUUGGUCCACUACAAGGGGAGGUACCCAAGCUCAAAGAGGUACUUCAGCAUCAGGAAGAGUUCGUCGUCUAAGAAGGGAUCCUGUGAGAGGUCCUGGUGCUCAUCGUGGUCGUGGGACACAAAUGCCCCGUGGCAGGCAGGGCGGGACUCCAAGAGGAGGAGGACAGGCAUAAAAUGACCUCGCUCAUGAUUAAAUUGUGUAACCUAGGAUCCUUUUUAGCUUUUGUACAGAAUAGGUUUUUUGGUUUUGUUAAAGAAUCUUGUAAUAAAGUUAACAUGCAGUGCUUAAAGGCA